UGGGGAGGUUGCAGCAGCAGUACUGUGAGAGACGGCUGGUUUGAAGAAACCACGUGAUGAAUCUUACUUCCUCUAACUGUCAGGCCGUGACUGCGUAGAUUCGUCAGGGAUCUGACACACAGAGAUGGCGGGUAUGAGAAGUACAAACCUCCAGAGCGAGGUGAAGCAGCUGCCUCUGAUUCAGCUUCCCAGCUGCAGCGCAGGGAUGCAAGGAGCGGUGCAGAUGCGUGUGAAGAACCCUCAGACCUCGGCAGACCGCCUCAGUCAGUCCAAAUCCAUGGUGCUGCAGGAUUCGGACCUCCCGCCCAGGCCUCUCUCCCGACAUCGCAGGAAUCAGUCCCAGCACAUGUCAGGAGCAGCAGGAAUUGAGCCACUGGUGGAGCUAAAAGGAGAACAUCUCAAUGUGGCCAAAAUCUCAGAAGGCGGCAAGAAGCAGAGGAAGAACUGGUCUUCAGUGUGGACCGUGCUGACGACAGACCAACUGCUGCUCUACAAGGACAAACAAGAAACGGCUUUUAAACCAGGAGGGAAGACAGAUGUGGUCCAGCUGUGCGGGGCAGUCAUCGCAUGGACGUCGGAGAAAUCCAGCAGGAAAAAUGUGUUCCAGGUGACAACUAACACAGGAAAUGAGUACCUCAUCCAGGCGGACAAUUACUCCACUGCCAGCAAAUGGUAUGAUGCCAUCAGAAAGACUGUUGAUGCAUCAACCAGAGACAACAAAGGCUUUCCACUGCAGAGGUCCAACAGCUCAGAGCACCUCCCCCGACACAGCUCCUUACCUGGACAUGGCGCCGCCUCCCCAAACACCAAACGACAAAACCCAGCUCACAGACGCUCCAUCAAUAUGUUCAGCAGCUCCAAGCUAAAGCACAGCGCAUCAGACAGUGCUGACAAGAACGGAGUGAAGAAUAGGCUGAAGAAGUUCAUGGUCAGACGUCCGUCCAUGAAGACGCUCCAGGAGAAGGGCAUCAUCAAAGAUCGAGUGUUUGGAUGCCACCUACUGACUCUCUGCAAACGGGAGGGAACCACCAUUCCAAAGUUUGUUCAGAUGUGCCUGGAUGCUGUUGAGAAACGAGGUCUAGACGCUGAUGGAAUCUACAGGGUCAGUGGAAACCUGGCCACCAUUCAGAAACUUCGCUUCAUGGUUGAUGAGGAGGAGGAGCUGGACCUGGACCACAGCCAGUGGGAGGACAUCCACGUCCUCACCGGAGCCCUCAAGCUGUUCUUCCGUGAGCUGCCCGAGCCGCUGUUCCCCUUCACGUCCUUCCACCCACUAGUGGAGGCUGUCAAGAUAAAGGAGUCCAAAGUGAAACUUCAGACAGUGAAAAAGCUUAUCCAGCAGCUGCCCCCGCCCAACCGUGACACCAUGAAGCUGCUGUUCAGCCACCUGCACAGAGUCCUGGCCUUCUCCAAGAAGAACCUGAUGUCCACUCAGGGCAUGGGCAUCGUGUUCGGCCCCACCCUGAUGUGGCCGGAGCUGGACACGGGGAACAUGGCGUUCAACAUGGUGUACCAGAACCAGAUUGUGGAGUUUAUCCUCAUCGAGAGCCGGGAGAUCUUCAACAUCAGCGGGAAGUAAAACCCAGCGGCUUUCCCACAUUUUCUGGCCUGGUUUCCGCCUUAAUAAUGUCACCUUUUUUCAGGGAUUCACAAGACUUUCUCACCUGGGCUCCGCUUUAAAAACCUCCACCUUUUAGUCAGGAGUUUACAAAAGUUUGUGUCCAGGUCACCGCUUUAAAAGCCACCAUGUUUAUUCAGGAUGUUGAAGUCUUACUGACCAGGUCACUUAAAUGUCACCUUUCCUCACCAGUUUAGACUUUCUGACAAGAACGACUUGGAAGUCAACUCCUUUAUUCAGGUGUUUGACAUAAGCUGGGUUUUUCUGCGCUGACGUGUAUAAAUAAAAGUUUUA